AUGUAUCUCCUCGCCAGACAGGAUACUGCCGCCCAAGAGCAAAACCCCUUCAAGCUGUACCACUAUGAUCCGACCAUAGCGGGCGCUGUCGUUAUGCUUCUGCUGUUCCUGGGCACAACAAUUCUGCACUUCUGGCAACUGGUUCGCGCACGAUGCUGGUUCAUUCUUCCUUUGGCCAUUGGAGGUAUUUUGGAGUUCAUAGGCUACGCUGCUCGUUGCAAGUCCGGUUUCGAAAGUCCCGAUUGGACUCUGGGCCCGUACAUCAUCCAGGCGAUACUGCUCCUGGUGGCGCCAUCACUCUUCGCAGCUACCAUCUACAUGCAACUUGGCCGAAUCAUCGUGCUUCUGCAUGGGGAAUCGCGCGCCCUGAUACGGAAACAGUGGCUCACCAAGAUCUUCGUCACUGGCGAUGUGCUGUCGUUUGUGCUUCAAGGAGGAGGUGGCGGCUAUCAAGCUGCUGGGACCCUUGAUGCGCUCAACAACGGAUCAAAGGUCAUCAUCGGGGGCUUGUUCGUGCAGCUCAUCUUCUUCGGCAUCUUCAUCGCCGUUGCCGUUGCAUUUGACCUCUCCAUUCGCAAAAAUCCGACCCAGCAGUCAGGGACACACGCGGUCUGGCGAAAACAUAUGUGGGCGAUGUACAUCGGCAGUGCGCUCAUCAUGGUCCGAUCUGCCUUCCGCGUCAUCGAGUACCUGCAAGGGUUCAAUGGCUACCUCCUUAGCCACGAGGCCUAUCUCUACAUCUUCGACGCGGUGCUCAUGUUUCUGGUCAUGGCCCUAUUCAACUACGUCCAUCCCUCCGAAGUCGUGGCUCUCAUUGUCCAGGACGAGCGAGAAUAUAAAAUGGGGGCCUUGACCCAGAAUAUCCACCACCAUGAGCGUCUGCACUCCGACUACCCGUGA